AGAUGCUAAGUCCAGUGACAACCUUAACGAAAGGUCAGAUAAUAGAACACGAUUUGGAGAAAUAUGUAGAUCUCAGCAUUCAGUGGAGUCGGUGGCUCCUAAAACCGUACGGGAUGUGGCCAAAUUUAUCUGACACUACACGGAUAGAUAAAUAUUUCAGUUGGAUCUUGAUUGUGAUAUGUUCCAUUAUAAUGAGUUUCUUCUGCGUACCAUGUACUUUGUACAUAUUCUUAGACGCAGAAGACGUCUACGACAAAAUCACACACGUGGGCCCAUUGGCUUUCUGUGUGGUGGCGUAUAUAAAAUUCUACGCGGUAAUCGCUCGCGGAGAUGAUAUUCGCGAGUGCAUCGAGUGCAUCGAAUGGGACUGGUUCAACAUAAAGUACUCGGAGGACCGAAACAUUAUGAUAGCGAAAGCGAAUUACGGAAAGCGAAUUUCAAAAAUAUGCGCCCUUUUUAUGUACAGCGGUGCCGCUUUUUAUUAUAUUGUAUUACCAAUCAAAGUCGGCAAGAUCGAGAUAGAAGGCGAAAAUACUACCUUCAUUCCGAUCGCGAUGCCUUUCCCGAGACAAAUACUCGAUACUCGUUACAGUCCGAUUAACGAGAUCAUAUUCGUAAUACAGGUUUUAGGAGGGUUCCUGAUGCACGCAGUCUCAGCUGGUGUUUGCAGCUUGAUAGCUACUUUCGCGCUCCACAUUUGUGGUCAAAUGGAAAUUCUAUCGUCCUGGCUUGAACAUUUGGUAGACGGUCGAUCAGACAUGUGUAAAACCGUGGAUGAUAGAAUUGGAAGCAUUGUGAAUCAACACGUUCGAAUAAUCAAAUGUUUGUCUCUCAUAGAGAAGACAAUGUCACGAAUAUCUCUCAUCGAAGUCGCGGGACGUACAUUAGACAUGUGCCUUGUGGGAUAUCAUGUUAUCAUGGAGUGGCAUUCGAAGAGCAUGACCGCUACUGUAACGUAUACCAUAAUAUUUACAUCGGUUCUCUUCAAUAUCUUCAUAUUUUGUUAUGUAGGCGAACUCGUCGGCGAACAGUGUGCAAUGAUUGGCGAAACGUCUUACAUGAUCGAGUGGCAUCGAUUACCAGAGAGGAAGCAACAUAGCAUGAUCUUACUAAUUGCGAUGUCUAAUGCCACGUCGAAGCUCACAGCUGGAAGUGUCAUCAUGUUAUCCCUCGACAGUUUCAGUUCCGUUGUUAAAACAGCAUUUGCUUUUCUAAAUAUGUUGAGAACUGUGGCUGUGGCUUAAAAAUUGGAUUGUAUGUUAUGAAAACAGUAAGAGUGUUGUACUAUUCUAACAAGCAUUUGUAUCAUUGAAUAGAUUUAUUGGUUAAUUUGAAAUUAACGAGAAUGACAUUUUGGACAAUUCCUUAUUUUGUCGAUGAAUUUUCAAAGUUUUUAUUUUACUCAAUGUCUCUGCUGCACAAUGCACACACACAC